UUGUCAAGCGACGUGUGCGGAACUGAACUGAACGGCGGUUGGCGCUUCUCGUUUCUUGUGGUGUUGUUUGUGCCGUGUGCCCCGAGUUCCCAAGUUCCGAGUCAAUAUCAAAAAUCAAAAUAAAAAUUCGUGUUUUUUUUUUGUAUUAUUUUUGUUUGCUUUUUUCUGUUAUUUGCGAUUUGCUGCGUACCAAGAAAAUUAGCGUUCUACCAAAAAGAAGCGAUCUGUGUUAUUUUUUUUUUGCUGCUCUGUUUGUUUGUGGUUUUUGAACAAUAACAAAUCGCGUGAUCGAAAUCGAGUUUUCCCAGGAGGGAUCAGAAAGAACAAGCAGAACACUGCUUGCUGCAUUCCGGGGCGAUGGCUCAGUCGACGGCGCUCUAUGCCGGCUAUAAGUCCCUGAGCCAGAACCAAAACCAUAACCAUAACCAGAUCCAGAUCCAAACCCAGAACCCUAACCCCAAGAACCCGGCAACGGAUGCGGAUUUGACCAUGGACUUGAGCCCCCCUCCGUUUUUUCAGUGCUCGAGCGUUCAGCGCAGUGUCUGCUUCACCUUUUCGAUUCGCUCUAUUCCUCGGCUCCUCGACGGAUUCAGGUUUCCUCCAUCUGUCGAUCCAGUUCCUUCAAGCAACCAUACUAAACAAGUAUCCAUUGCCAGUGGAGGUUUUAGUUUCAGUUCAGCUCGUUUAUUUGUUUGUGUCCCAUCGGUCUUGGCCAAUUCGGCGCUAUCAAACAUUGAAUCAAUAACACCUUUCGAUGGUCAUUGGCCAAAUAAAAUCGGUAAGGUGUGA